CAAGCUAACUUGGGGACUGGGCACCUGAUUAUUUGAUGACGGGGUUGAAACAGGAAGGCUAUUGUGUAUCGUUGAGAUCUGAUCAAUUUUCCUAUUCUAAGUAGUCUGUGAGUUUGUGUGUGUGCGGGUGUAGCAGUCUUGUGGGCGGAGAGCUACAUAAAGUCCGGGCAACAUCGGUAUCGGUCCUUACAAGCCAAGCAGGGGAGAGAUAACACGCCUACAGCAAGCAGAACAUCACAAACUCCCCUCUGUAUCUCUGCCGCUGUAGAUUAUUGCUAACAUAUCAACCCAUUUCUGUGGAACUUAGAAGCAAUCAGCCAUGAUGUGUCACGGCGCGUCCUAUGAGAGAGUGAUGGUUGUCCUCGGCUUGGUCCUCGUUGCCGUGUCCUGUGUCGCACAGUCUAGGAAAAUAGACUGCACGCGGUUCGUAUUUGCCCCCCGGUGCCGCGGUGUUGCCGCCAAGCGAGCCCAGGCAGCUAUCAUGGACGCCGCCGACAGUGACGACUUGUCAACGUUAAACAAAGAGCCGUCACUAGUGGACAACGACUGGAACACCGACGACACCGACUCCUACCAGAGACUGCGGUUCCUGGCUGCGAAGCUGGGUCUCCGUCCCGUCAACGUUGACAACACGGCAGAACAAGACCUAUGGGAAAGACUGAUGGCAUCUCGAACAAUGCGUCAUUGAGUCACGUGACCUCUGACGUCAUCAUCCUGUCGCCCGGAUGCAAAAUGUAAGGCUGCAUAACACCAUUCCUUCCUCCUGGAUUAGACGUUUACCGCCCAUGGUCUGCCGCUGAGAGAGAGAGCGAGAGAUGAUUGCCGACAUACGCCCUUGACGGACAUUUUCAAAAAUAAAUGUUUCUUUUCAGAAAUUGCACGUUAAAACUUUGAUAUUCGUAUAGGUCGAGAGUGAACACACAAUAGUUGUCAGAGUGCUGUCUGGGUACCGUGUCUUUGACUUUGUUACUGAUGUUGAAACGACACUUCAUGGAAUAAACUUCAUGUUUUCACAAAAAAA